GACCAGGAGAGCCAUGUUUUCCGUUUACAAGCGGUUAGCUCCCAGAAUUUUACCCGAAAUUGCAUCGGAACACGAGCAGAUAAGAAAAACAAAGUCGAUAUACACGCCAUGACAAAUGUUUAACCGUUAAUGAGAUAAAAUGAACCGGUGACAGCGACGUUUGCGUGAUUUUAAUUAGCUAACGGUUACUAUCAGGUACAGUUGGUCACAUUUGCGACAGUUAGGGCAUUUUAAUUGCCCUAUAAUCCUCGCUGCUUUCUUCUACGUUAAUUCUUCAGCUACGCACAACAGCCAGCGAGAACAUUUUCAGGCACAUGUACGAUUUCCUAAACGAAUACCCGCUUGAUGACGUAGCGAGCAAUGCCAGGCAAAACUAAUCAAAUCCGUUUGUGAGCAGCCCUCAGUUAUAAUUGUGAAAUCGAGCGCGAUCGUUUAACAUGCCUGGACUUGCAAAAGUGUACGGAAGUAGCAUGCAUCCUUUGUGGGUGUAACAGAAGUACGAAGAUAAAAUGGACAGGGACUCUUCUGGUGCUGCAGAAAGGACCGAGCCGGCGUCACCUUUGGGGAAAAAUAUUCACGAAGACACUCGCGCAGCUGAUUCCCGCGCCUCCCGGUCAGGGACCUGUAGAAAUACUGAUGUCGCACGAGCCAGGUGGACCCUGCUGAGACAGGUGUUGCGUCAGAAGCAGGUGGAGAGUCCGGAGGUCAAACAAGUGUCUGUUCGCAGGUUUGCCACAUUUGACCUUUUCAGCAGAAAAAGGCUUGUGGCACGAGACCACAGUGAUACCUCAGAUGACCAGUGGGUGGAGUACAGAAGUGUCUACUUUCCUGAGUACAGUGCCUUACUUAGGGAUAACAUGGGACCUCUUAGAGUUAAUGAAGUGCUCAACAGUUUUGACAACACCGGUAAUGUCUGUGUGUGGCCAUCUGAAGAGGUGAUGGCGCAUUACUGUCUGCAGAAACGUCACAUGUUCAAGGGUGCAGUGUGUGAGUUAGGAGGAGGUAUGACUUGCCUUGGUGGGCUCAUGGUUGCCAUUUGUGCUGACGUGACGGAAGUCCUGCUAUCAGAUGGGAAUGAGAAGUCCAUUCAGAAUGUUCGAGGGCUGAUUGAGAAAAACAGGCAAGCUGGAAAGUUUGGCUCAACAUAUGUAUCUUCCAGGGUAGUAAGGUGGGACUGUGAGAUGGAUAUUUCUGCACUGGAGGGUCACUUUGAUUUCAUCAUGUGUGCAGACUGUUUGUUUCUGGACCAGUACAGAGCCAGCCUGGUUGAUGCUAUAAGGAGAUUACUGCAACCCAGUGGCAUGGCAUUGGUGUUCGCUCCUCAGCGAGGGGAAACUCUAAGACUCUUCUGUCAACUGGCCCAGCAAGCUGGAUUUUGCAUCUCUCAACACCAGCAGUAUGAUGCUCAGGUCUGGGAUGUCCACUUGAAGAUGCUGAGGGAGGGAAAAGAAGUAUACGAUGAGAAUAUCCACUAUCCUCACCUAAUCACAUUGACCAAAGGACCCCAACCUGUCAGCCUCACUCAGUAAUACAGAACAAGUGAGCCUUUAA